AUGAAGCCUAGCGGCAGGGUGUUUAAGAACAAAGACUCCGAACCAAAACCCGACGCGACAUUUUUUUUUUUGUUGGAAGGGGGUGGGGGCUUUGUUGGUGCUGUCGUUAGAAGAGAUCAAACGGGUCCGUGGAAAAAAGAAAGAGGUUUCAUUCGCGUGCGUGCGUGCCUGCGCCGAGCGCCCGAGCUAAUCUAGUAGUUAGCACGCGACGGGAGCAUCUAAUUCACCCCCACAGCGAGCCGAGCGAGCGAGAAUUCGAAUUGGAGUUGGACUUGCGGCUGCUGCGUCCGGUGGGGCUGGAAUUCUCACCGCCUCCCCGUGCGGGGUGAGAGGCGGUGGGUCGUGGUUGCGGUCGGCGCGCGAGGAGGGUCGACGGCCUCGCGCCAUUGGGUACGAAACCGGCCGAGACUGUGAGCGGUGGGCGGCCGCUGCCUGGAGACAGCUCAAGGCAGGUGAGUUGGCCCGGAUUCCGCGGGCGUGUUUGUUCGUACUUCGUGGUGGGGGAUUUGGACGGCUUCGUUGCGGUUGCGCCGUUGCGGUGGUUGCUUCGGUGGGUGGGGGCGGGCGGCUGGCUGGCUGGGGGAGGGGUCUUCCCUGUCGCCUCGCCGUUCACUCGCUCAGCGACCUCGAUCGGAUCCUCCUCGGGACUCGGGAGUGAGGAAAAAUGCGAGGCUCCUGCGGGGAGCUCAGAGUGCAGCGGGCACGGCUCCCGAGUCAGGCGGUUUCCUUGGUGCCCGUGCAGGGUUGAUCCAGGUUCGAGCGCCUCGGGUUGCUGGAGGAUUUGCGGGGGGGUGCGUGUUUAUGGGCGGCUAGAUCGGUGAUUCUUCAGCUGCUCUCGGUGUGAUGGCAGCUGACUCUAGCAUGGGGUUUCACCAGGGGAUCACCGCCUCGCUGUACAACCAUCACAUGCUCUCGUUCCAGUCCAACAGCGACGUCGGCAUCAGCGGCGACGCCACCGGUGCCAUGGUCAUGGCCCCGGGGAGUGUGGGUGGCGGCAGUAGCAACGCCGGGCUGUUCCUCUCCGCAAACACAGGGGUCAUGGGCAACGCGCCGGGGGUCGCCCCGUCAAGGACCUCGUCGGGGGAUGCACUCCUUGGUACCGGGACGCCCAAGUAUAAGUACGUAACUGGUCCUCCUUCGGAUUGGAGUGACCGCGAGGUGGCCAUACUGAAGGAAGGACUUGUGAGAUAUGCUCGUGAACCGAGUAUCAUGAGGUACAUUAAGAUAGCAGCUAUGCUUCCUAACAGGACCAUCAGGGAUGUUGCGUUGCGAUGCUGGUGGUCUACACAGGGUAAAGAGAGAAGGAAGAAACCUGAUGGAUUCUAUACAGGAAAAAAAAUGAGAGACAUGAAGCCAAUCCAGGACAAAAUGGUUGCAUCUGUCCCAAUAGCUAAUUUUCACAUGACACCUACAACCAAUGUAACCCCUUUUUCGAUAUCAAUGCAACAUCCAAAUCAACAAAGUCAGGUUCCCAAAGAAGCAGCUCCUAUUGUCGACAGUGCAACCCAGCGUCUCCUGGAGGAAAAUAAUCAGUUGCUUAACCAGAUUUCUGCAAAUAUUAAAACAUUCAAGACAGUGGAGAACACAGAUCUUUUUCUCCGCACGAGUAACAACAUCAAAACAAUUUUAAGCAGAAUGAGCGAAACGCAUGGUAUCAUGGGUCAAAUGCCUCCAUUGCCUUUAUCCAUAAAUGAAGACCAUAUAAAUUCGCUUAUUCAACUGAACAGACUGGUUGCAUCAUAUGGUACGACAAGCAUUUCUCAUCAUACGAAGCAAGAGCCAUGAAGCUAGUUUACCAUACCCAGGGGGAAAAACGAGACGACCAGAUGGCCGGACCUCCUGCAAUCCUGUAAACGUGCUGUUGAGGAAGGCUUACAUGUUGUUAUACUGACCAAGCACCAGGGAAAAAUCACUGUUUUCCAGAUAAUGUUUUUGCAGUGAUCACCAGAGUAUCAGACACUUUAUCCUGGACUCCGCAAGUGACUGUAAAUAUCGGAUGACUGGAGGCAUUCCAUGUUUUGUUUUACUGAUCGUUCGUGAAUGCAUUUCUUCUUUUCUUGUUUUUUAUUGUUAUCCCAGACAGGGUUGCAUUGCUCCCAAUAUGUAACUAUGUACAAUAGCCACUGCCCUAGACUGCUAGGCGUAGAACGACUCCAUUUUCUGACUAUUUGGACACUGGAACCCAAACAUGUUGUCCAGGUGUUCUGCAUUCUUUUUUAUCUUCACUUCAGAAGCUUUGGAUUAGCACUUCUGAUGCAGCAAUGGUUAGCUGUGCCCCAACAUGGACAACAACAGUUUAUUCCUUUUGUUUC